UUUGGACUGGUGGUUAGCUCCCAAGCUUGGUAUAUUCUUCUUAAAUUUUUCCAAAAGACAAUUAAAUUGAUUAUUGCCUUUAGUUUUUCAAUACUGUCAAUAAUUAACGUUAAUAAAAUAAAAAGUAAUAAAUUAAGUGAAUUAACAACGUAUGAGAAAAUGUUCGUGAUAAUGAAUUUUAAUGAGAUUAUUUGACCUAUAAGAUUGACUCCGAGCUCGGUGGAUCGUGCUUUCUCGGCUGGUUCUUUUAAUCGAUAUACUGUAGCAGAAGAAAUUUUAUGAUGGCAUGGAGAAUAGCAUGGUAUAUAAAUGAAGAAUCUGGAUAUUUUGCCAAAAGUAACUUCAAUUGGUUUAAUAGUGUUGGAGCCCGAUCAACAUUUGGUCCGUCUGGUCAAUAUCUUCAUGACUGUUAGUAUACCAUCAGUUGCACUCUUUUCAUUUUCAUUGCAAUUGUUACUAAAAAGGAACGAGACAGAGAAAUGAAAAAAAGACACAAGGGCCUUAAGAAACACCUUAUCCUGCAUCAUCAACCAUUAAACUGUAUUGCUGUCAAAAUGAAUAGCUAGACAAAAGUCGUGUGGAUUCAAAUGACUUCUAGACUCAAGAAUCUUCAUUGGACCCAAAACAUCUUGAACUUAUAAUCUAUCACAGAAAGUCUGGAACAAAAAAUAUCGAAAAACAAAAAUAAAAAACGUUAUAGAUCAGACAAGGCUUGUGUGGAUCAGGUCUGAAAUUUUGUAACGGGAUGCACUGCCUUGGUGCUGUUGCGGACAGCUCGUCCUCUAUCGGGCUGAACAACGGCCUCGGUGGAAAUCGUGGAGGUGUGUUGAGCGUGGUCCGAGCUCUUGGAGUCUUAGUAUGCGAAGGGAGAAUUCAGGGUUCUCCACGUGGUUACAAAGAAGGUCCGCACUGUGCUGCACCUCAACAAGCAGUGCCUGUGCAACAUGAGUGUGAAAAAGACAACUAUCUGUGCAACAGGUACCUCGUUUUGAUCAAGGAGAUAGCAGUCAGAACUGCAAUUGGUGCACAGUUGUGUGUUGAGGUUUUUAUGUGCAGCGAUUGUCCAUGUGGACUUGCAGCAGCAACUUGUAACAAUCCAGUCUCUCCUAUACCGUCCACACUUAUCACGCAAUGGCCGCAUUCGUGCGAAUUAUUGCUAGAGUAUUGGUGCAUAGGAGUUGUGCCAAGCACGAGUUCAGAGAUGAUGAAUUCGCAGGGUCUAUACCAGGCCGUCCGUUCCCGUUUGCAUUUCAGUCAAGUGGCAGCUUGGUGGUCACGUAGCAACGGUACUAAACCAGCCUACGUAGCGACAAGAGUCGUCCCAUAUAGUACUGACAAUCUCAGGAAAUUUCGAGAGAUACCAGUGGAACAUAUUUUUCCUUUAGCAUCAAUUGGUGAUGGAAAUUCAGUCAAAGUAACUGUAUGGGCGUUGCCACGCAUGGAAGAUGUACCUACGCUUCUUUGUCCAUUACAUCUGGCCAAAGAUAUACAAGAAGACAAAUGUACUGCUAGAGCUUUAACUCCAACGAAAAAUCUUUCAUCGUCACGACCUGAUUCCACUCUUGUUUUACCACAUCUUGUUGACGAUAGGCUUCAAACGCCUUGUAAUAAACCUGGAAAACACCACUGUCGAUGUGAGGAAGAAGAUGGUAGUCCACCUUCACCAUGUAUCAAGCCAAAUGGAGAAAGAAAACGUCGAAGAUCACUACCUUGUGGUCCACCUGAUGCGGGUUCUUGUAGCAACUACGGUAGCCUUCCACUGGCAUCAGUUACUGAAAUAAAAAUUCCUGAUUGUACUGACACCGAGAGACAUUUUACAGACAAAGAGCGCCGAUCAGAUGCAGUAGGAUUCGAUAAUCGAUCUUACUUAAGUACUGGAACGCUUGAGCGUUGUUUUAAAACUCAAGUUAGCCUUGAAGAGCCCGAAGGUAAUGAUGAAAAACGAUAUAAACCAUCAUCAGAAUUACUAGAAGCAGAAAUGCAACAAUCGGUGAAUAAUUCCAAUAGUUCAGAAGUAAAUAAAUUAAAAUUUUUUGUGCCUUUUGUUGAUUCUCAAGAUUUGAAGACAUUUGAUCAAUGUUAUGAUGGUGAGAAAAAACUCGAAACCCAACGUGAACCAAAUGUUGUUGUAAAUCCUUUUUCAGAACGUCAUUUAUAUAAGUUAAAUCCUGGACCUUCAUAUUAUUCAACAACGCGGAAUAACAAUCCAAUUACUAUGGCCUGUACGGCACAACUAAAUUACUCUAAAUUAAACAAACCAAUGAAUGAACAAGUUUUUUAUAAAUUGGAAAAGAAAUCAAUACCAACUCAAGUAAAUUGUCAUAAUGGCAAUAAAGAUUUAAGUCAUUUAAUGUCUAAAUUAUCGUUUCCUAAAGAACCAAAUAAUAAAAUUCAAAAAGAGGAAGGAGGAAUUUUUGAUUGGAUUAGUAAAGUACCGGGAAGAGUUCUUAAUAGCACAGCCAAUAAUACUACGGAAGAUGUUAAUAAAUCAUCAAAAAGAGACUUUAAAUAUGAACACCUUCAACAACAACAGCAAAUUCGUCAUUCCCAUGUGGUCAAGUUCAAGAAUUGUCAUCUGGAACUUAGCCAGCGUGAGUUUGAUGAAGUUUUGGCAGUUUUGAGAGCAAAAACACCCUCUAACAAACGACGUACGCCAACUAAAACUGUUAGAAAACGUGAACGUGCUGAAAAAAUACCAAACGAUAAUUUAGUGGAUAAAAUAAUCGAUAAAAAUUAUAUUUCUGAGAAUUACGUAUGUCCAAUUCAUCGGGUGAUCCGGCAAUCAUCAAUGUCCGGCGAAAAUUGUUUUUGUCAAUUUUGUAAAAGUUCUACUACUUCUCAUGAUUCGAUCAAUUCAUCGAAUAUUUAUAAAAAUCAAAAUAAAUCAGCGAAAAAAGAUCUUGAUAAAAAUGACGAUGGAAAUGAUAGUGUGAAACAUCUGGGAAAAUCAUCAGACUAUCGACAAAACAGUUUUAAUAAGGCUGAUGUUUUAUUAGGAGCUAUUUUACGAACUAGUCGAGGUCGUAAAGGUUUAUCAGAUAUCUCUAAUGGAACUAGGUCUCGUCGUAGUAUAUCGGAUGAGUCAAAUGAUGAUAUUUGUCAAGAGACACAAAGUGUGUCUGAUGAAUACUCGGAUUCAUCCAUUGUUUCUAGUGAGGAUGACAAAUUUUUACCGUCGGUAUUAAACAAGCGUCUCAAUCGAUUUAAACAGCUGUUUAGAAAGGAUCAAGAUAGAAGGGAAAGUCCGGAGGUAAUUAACGUGAAAGAAUGUGAUGAUUCAUUAUCAGAGAUACGUGAUACUCAGAAAAUUAAUAUGAUUAAUAACCGGGUAAAAAGAAAAAUUGUUUUUACUAAUUUUCCGCAAACUGGAAAUAAAGAACUUUUAAAUGAUGAAGAUGAUAAAGAAAUAGCUAAUAUUAUGCAAGGGAAUUCACACUUCCAUAGUACAAAUUACAUGAUUAAGGAUUUGAACAAUCAUGAAGGCUUAAUAAACAAAAGUUUUUUGUCUUCCAAUAAUCGUGGUAUUAAAGAUCGAUAUAAUAAUUGUAUAACAAUUAAUGACGAUGAGGAAAUAGUUAAUGGAAGUGAAGGAAAGAAUAAAAGAUUGUUAGAAGAAUCACAUAAUUUUUCGUCUAUUGAUGAUGAAAUUGUUGAUAAAGCUACAGUUCCUUCAGCUAUUGAGCAAGAACGUUUUAGAAGAUCAUUAGAAAAUGCGGCUUCUAUGGUGUUUCAUAGUAGAACAGGUUUGCCGCUUACUUCUAGUCCUGCUCCACUUAGAAGAGGCAGUUGUUGUUUCGAUUACGACAGUAGUCUCAAUUCAGUUUCGUCGAAACGAAGUGCUUUAUUUGAAUUAAAUACACCACCAAGUCCAGGAGCUGUGUCACUUGAAGAGACAGACCGUGAAGUUGAAAAUGCUGGUGAUGGUGAUGAAACUCCAAAACGAUCAACUUCAUCACGGAGUAGACCGCAAAGUCAUGCGCUCCUUGGUAGUUUUGAAGAGUCUGCACUCAAUGGACGAUUAGAACCAGUUUCAACAGUUCAUGGUUUUACUGCUGAAAUUGGUGCAAGUGGUUCUUUCUGUCCGAAACAUCGCAAACUCCCUGUGACAGUUUUUUUUUAUACUCUUGGAGAUAAUGAUAAAGUUUCAACUCCAUAUCUUGCUCAUAUUAAUUUAGGAAAAAAAGGCUAUCAAGUACCAAGAAGUGGUACGAUACAAGUAACACUACUAAAUCCUCUUGGAACAGUUGUAAAAAUGUUUGUCGUUCUUUAUGAUCUGUCAGACAUGCCACCUCGAUCUCAUACUUUUUUACGUCAAAGAACUUUACGCGAUAAAACUUUACGCUACCUCAUUCACCUUAGAUUUAUGUCUGGCAAAUCUGGCCGGAUUUAUUUACACACGGACAUAAGAAUAAUAAUUUGUCGUAAAUCAGACGUUGAUACAGCAUCAGAUUUCGGUUCUGAACCGCCAAAAGAGCUCAGAAGCUACAUUCAUGGUCCAACGAAUCCAAAAUUUUCACCAAGGUGCUGAGCUUCGUGGUUAAUUCCGUGGGGUUG